GUUUCGAUGGAUAAGAUUUUUAUGGGGUUCGAAUUCAUUUUUGUUUCUACGAAUUUGGAUGCAUAUUUUUUUAGCUUUAAUUUUACUGUCAAAUUUUCCUUUUGUCGUUUUUUAGAAUAUGGGUUUUGUUCAUUUGGUGAAUAUCCACGGUAGAUUCUGAGUUUAGGUGAUAAGGUUGAUUGAUUUAAUAAAUAUUUUAAGUUAAUAAGGUAUGCUGAACUUGUUGGUUGAGAGUCUCUGUUUGUUGUGGGGCAUAUGUUAAUGGUGGGAGGGAGAGAGGAGUCGAUAAUGAGGAGUAAAUGAUGUACGAGAUGGUUUGUGAAGAUGGGUAUUGGUUGUGAAGUUGUUUUCAACCAAAGGCCUCUGCGAGAGGAAGAGAUAAAGUGGACUAGUCCCUUCGGGACCAUGGUCCUUUGGUUUAUUAGAAAAAGGAAUACACUGUACCUUUCCUUUUCAUCGUCCCUUAAGGAAAAAGUGCUUUGUCUGGUCAGCAUAGCUUCACUGUUCAAGGCCCCCCCCCUCUCUCUCUCUCACCUUUUGAUGGUAAUUUUAGGAAAAGACUGUGGACCGUUGAUUACGAUCUUUCCUUCAAUGGGCUUAGCCAAAGAAUAAAUAAAUAAAAAGAGGAAAUUGGGACAAGUAAAUAAGAAAUGCAAGCCAUAGAGCAGAUUCAUUGCUUACCCAUCUUUUGAUGAGCUUUUAUUUCUUUUCUUAUUGUUUUGAAAGCUUCAUCAUUAGUUGGAGAGAUGCUUGAUUUAUUCUUGCUUUUAAAAAAAGUCUACCCCUCGAUUGAUGAGGACCUGCGCGAUAUGCCUUAACACCAUGAAACCUGGGCAUGGGCAUGCCAUUUUCACUGCAGAAUGCUCCCAUUCAUUCCACUUCCACUGCAUUACCUCUAAUGUGAAACAUGGAAAUCAAAUUUGCCCAGUUUGCAGAGCAAAAUGGAAAGAGAUUCCCUUUCAGAGCGUUGCUUCUAAUCUUCCCCAUGGAGUGUCAAGAAUCAAUUCAGUUGGAUGGCCCCAGGAUGAUGCAUGGAUGACUGUCUUACGACGGCUUCCUUCCUCACAUAUGGAUGCGAGUCGGCAGAUUGCAUCACUCUUUCAUGCCCCUGAACCUGCUAUCUAUGAUGAUGAUGAAGUAUUGGAGCAGCAACCCGAGAUUCGUGAGAAAAGUACACCUAUUGCAGAUGCUGCUGAUAAUGAUUGUACUGGAACGCUAGAAGUCAAAACAUACCCUGAAGUUUCAGCUGUUCCAAGGUCAUCUUUCCAUAAUAAUUUCGCUGUAUUAAUCCACCUCAAGGCUCCUCAUAUAAGUGACAGACAGAAUGGCAGCAGAAAUCAUACCAUAUUGCCGCGGAUAUCUCAGAAUUCCCGUGCUUCAGUUGACCUUGUUACAGUGCUUGAUGUUAGUGGUAGCAUGGCAGGCACCAAGCUUGCUUUGUUAAAGCGAGCUAUGAGUUUUGUGGUACAGAAUCUUGGUCCCUCUGAUCGUCUUUCUGUCAUCGCCUUCUCCUCCACAGCCCGCCGUCUUUUUCCUCUUCGUCGGAUGACUGAGAUUGGAAGGCAGCAGGCAUUGCAGUCUGUUAACUCUCUUAUUUCGAAUGGUGGAACCAACAUUGCUGAAGGCUUAAGAAAAGGUGCCAAGGUGUUAAUAGACCGUAAGUGGAAGAACCCAGUUGGUAGUAUCAUACUGCUUUCAGAUGGCCAGGAUACAUAUACCAUCAAUAGUCCUGGUGGAAACCAUCCCCGACCAGAUUACCAGUCACUUCUUCCAAUCUCAAUUCAUCGAAAUAAUGGUGCAAGCUUGCAGAUUCCAGUUCAUGCAUUUGGAUUUGGUGCAGACCAUGAUGCAUCAUCAAUGCACUCUAUUUCAGAGAAUUCUGGCGGAACGUUUUCUUUCAUCGAAGCUGAGAGUGUCAUACAGGAUGCAUUUGCACAGUGUAUUGGGGGGCUUUUAAGUGUGGUAGUGCAGGAGCUCCAGAUCAAAAUUGAGUGUGUUCACCCAAGUUUGCAGCUAGGUUUAAUAAAAGCAGGAAGCUAUCCAACAAGCAUGACGGCUGAUGCAAGAAUGGGUUCUAUCAGUGUUGGAGACUUGUAUGCGGAAGAAGAAAGGGAUUUUCUGGCGACAGUCAAUGUUCCAGUUGAUGCAUCCAGAACUGAGACCUCACUGCUAAAGGUUAGAUGUAUUUACAGAGAUCCUAUCACCAAAGAAAUGAUGACUCCGGAAGAAGCUAAUGAAGUAACGAUCCAAAGGCCCGAAACAACCAGACAAGUAGUGGUUUCAACAGAAGUAGACAGGCAAAGAAAUAGGCUUCAUGCAGCAGAGGCAAUGGCGGAAGCUAGAGCUGCAGCUGAAAAUGGCAAUUUGGCAGGUGCAGUCUGUGUCUUAGAGAGCUGUCGUAAGGCUUUGUCUGAAACUGUCUCUGCACAGUCAGGUGAUCGAUUAUGUGCUGCACUUUGUGCUGAGUUGAAGGAGAUGCAAGAAAGGAUGGCAAACCGGCGUGUAUAUGAAGAAUCUGGAAGGGCUUACGUUUUAUCAGGAUUGAGCUCACACUCAUGGCAGAGAGCAACUGCACGAGGUGAUUCAACAGAUAGUACAAGUCGUGUGCAAUCUUAUCAAACUCCGUCCAUGGUAGACAUGGUGACAAGGUCGCAGACCAUGGUUAUGGGGAAUGCACCUCGGCAAAGAAACCUCCAGCCUGCUCAAUCAUUUCCAGCUCGAGGACAGCCACGGUAAUCAUCAAAAAAGUUACUUUUCAACAUUCUUGUUGCCCUAUUCUUGUUUUCUUUAUCAGUGGACUACUUUGUUUCUUUUUAUUAGAUUUUCUUUAUUUUUGUUUUGGGAAGUGGGGGAUAACUGAGGUUAUAAAGGAGUUUUGGUGUUUUCACUUGUUGGGGGUAUAUUUCCUUGUUAUGAUAUGUAAAUGAAUAAGAAUUGGGAAAAGGUGGGAUGAUAGGGCUGAUAAAAAUUGUGAAAAGGAAGAGAUGGGAGUUAACGUUUACAAGGUGUGAUUUUGGGUGAUGUACAUAAAUAGGGGUUCUUUUCUUUUGAUUUUUUUCCUUUGAGAAGAGGGGGUAUAGCAAUGUAAUUGUGGAGAUACUUAAAGGUGAAUUGUUCACUUGAAUGAUGGUAUAUUUACUCCUGAUUCUUUUCACUA